UCCCCCAUGUAAGAGUGAGGUGGAGGAGGACAUUCCAGGAGAUGUCACCACAGAAAGUCCCAGUAAGAAUUCUGAGGGAAACUUCAUGUUAUCACUAAAUUAUAAAGUAGAAGAUGAAGAUAUCAUGCAGCGCUCUUCAGGAGAAAACUUCAUUACCCUCAUAGUACAUCCAGGACUUCACAGUACAGAUCUAUCAUAUAGUCCUCCUAAUCAUGAGGAACCUUUUCCUGACCAAUCACAAAUUGUUACCACAAGUACAGGUCAGAAAGGGUGUGAAAGUUUUAAUUGUGGCAAAGAGUUCGCACAAAGCUCAGGUCUUUCUACACACAGAGUAAUUCAUAUAGGAGAGAAACCAUACUCCUGUUCACAAUGUAAGAAAUGUUUUACAGGUAAAUCACAUCUUGUUAGACAUGAGAGAAGUCACACAGGAGAGAAGCCAUAUUCAUGUUCAGAAUGUGGGAGAUGUUUUACACAUAAAUCUUAUCUUGUUGAACACGAGAGAAGUCACACAGGAGAGAAGCCAUAUUCAUGUUCAGAAUGUGGGAAUUGUUUUAAGCAAAGAACAAAUCUUAUUCGACAUCAGAGAUUUCACACAGGAGAGAGACCAUAUUCAUGUUUAGAAUGUGGGAAAUGUUUUGCACAAAAAUACAACCUUGUUGAACAUCAGAGAAUUCACACAGGAGAGAAGCCAUAUUCAUGUUCAGAAUGUGGGAAGUGUUUUAAACAAAGAACAAAUCUUAUUAGGCAUCAGAGAUGUCACACAGGAGAGAAACCGUAUUCUUGUUCAGAAUGUGGGAAAUGCUUUACAUAUAACUCUCAACUUGCUAUACAUGAGAGAAGACACACAGGAGUGAAACCAUAUUCAUGUUCAGAAUGUGGGAAAUGUUUUGCAGGGAAAUUGAUUCUUGUUGCACAUGAAAGAAGUCACACAGGAGAGAAACCAUAUUCAUGUUCAGAAUGUGGAAAAUGUUUUACAGAUAAAUCAAAUUUUGUAAAACAUAAGAGAAGUCACACAGGAGAGAAACCAUAUUCCUGUUCUGAAUGUGGGAAAUGUUUUACACGGAAAUCAUAUCUAAUUAAACAUCAGACUCUUUACACAGGGGACAGGCCUUAUUCAUGUUCAGAAUCCAAACUUGUUAAACAUGAGAGAAAACACAAUAGUGAGAAGCCAUUUUAAUUUUUUUUUAACAUAUUGGGUUUAGAGAUAAGCAAAUUUUGGGUCUGAUUUGCCCAUAUGAUUUAGAUUCGGGUCCAAACAAAUUCUACCCGAUACUAAAUUGCUGUAGAUGCCUGGAAAAGUAUUUUCAUUGUAUAUCUUCUCCUUGAUUAUUCAAAAUCAAAUCACACAAAUUUCAAAUCUGCUAAAAUCAGGAUUUUUGGGGGGGAAAAUUCACACUUUCAAAUUUUAGAAUCAAUUCACUCAUCUCUAAUUAGGUUAUUUAUGGACCUUAAACAGCAAACCGGUGUAUCCGGUUUGCGCCUGUGUCCCGGUGGCCACGAUGAACAUGCCCAUGGUCAUAGGUUGGAGGUCGGGUGCCAGGGAAGGGAGAUAUACAUAUCUCCCCACAGAAACCCAAUAACGGUACCAUGCUUGGACUCUAAUUGUAGCCAGAACCCAGGCGGGUUCUUGCUGACUGGUUGAGGUGUGAAUUUGUACGCAUGUGGCCUCCUGAAGCCACAACUACCUCUGCUAUCUGACAAGCAGAGGGUUGAAGUGAGAACUUAUUUUGCAUGUACACUGACAAAGGUGAAUCAGAUGAAAAUCAUGGCUGCCAGUAAAUAAUGAUCCAUAUUCCUCACCAGACAUAUUUAUAUUUCAUCUUCAUCCAAACAGUAUUUACAGAUAAAAUAAACUCUUCUAUUUGCUCCACGACAGCGUCACCAUUGUCACUGACAGACAUUAUCUUCUUGGCUCAUAUUAUACUCUCUCCUAGCGCUGUGACCUUCAUUGCUCCUACAGACUAACCCUCCUGUGCAGAGACAGUGAUAUUGGUGGCAUGAUGACUAUAUCACUGAUUUAUCUGAUCGGGGGGUGAUCUGUGAUGAAUAACCCCAUGCAUAUAUUCCUGCGGUGUAAUGGUAAACCUAUCUAUAUACUGGAGCUGAGUCUGAGUGAUAUAUCGGUGGUGGGAAUCGCUGGUGAUGUCACAUCUGUUAAAGCGGUUCUCCGGGAAAGAUA